AUGUGGCCGUUGUACCUAGAGCAUGCCCCGGCAGAAGACAGGGAGACAAUCAAGGCGUGGAAUGCCGAUCUCGAUGCGAUCCUCAUAUUUGCGGCCCUGUUCUCAGCUGUAUUGACGACAUUCAUCAUCGAGUCGUACCAAAGUCUGCAAUCGGAUCCAGUGCUCGAAUCACUCCAAGCCAUCCUAUACGAAGUGCAGGUGUCUCGUAACGCUUCCACUACGAGCAGCCCGAUGCCCGUCAUGCAACCCUUCCAGGUUGCUUCAUCUGCCGUUCGAGUCAACAUCUAUUGGUUCUCCAGCCUCAUUCUGAGCCUGGCCACCGCGCUCAUCACAAUCCUGGCUAAACAGUGGAUC